AUGGACGUGAGGAAGAUCACCGUGGCCGUGCAGGGGAUGACCUGCGGUUCCUGCGUUCAAGCCAUCGAGCAGCGGGUCGGCCAAGCCAACGGGGUGCACUGCAUCCAAGUUUCCUUGGAGGGGAAAAGCGCCACCAUCAUCUACGACCCCAAGUUACAGAGCCCGGAAUCCCUAAGAGAAGCCAUCGACGACAUGGGAUUCGACGCUUCCCUCCCUGACCCCAACCCCGUCCCCGUCGUCACGGACACCGUGUUUCUGACUGUCACCGCCCCGGCGGCUCCACCGUGGGAACAACUCCAUCGCUCGCUGCUCGAGACCAGGGGCGUGACGGACGCAAAAAUCUCCCCCCAGCAGAGGACGGCGGUGGUGACGCUGAUCCCUUCGGUCACGAGUGCCCAUCAGAUUACCCGGUCACUUCCGGGUGUCAGUUUAGACGUCGGGACGCCGGAAAGAAAGGCAGAGGACUCCAACUCGCCCCAGGUGGGCGAAAUCAUGCUGAAGAUCAAGGUGGAGGGGAUGACCUGCCACUCGUGCACCAGCACCAUUGAAGGAAAAAUUGGCAAAUUGCACGGUGUUCAGCGGAUUAAAGUCUCCCUGGACAGCCAAGAAGCCACAGUGGUGUACCAGCCACAUCUGAUUACGGCAGAGGAGAUCACAAAGCAGAUCGAAGCAGCAGGUUUUCCAGCCUCCAUCCGAAAACACCCCAAAUACCUCCAACUGGGCGCUAUCGACGUGGAGCGCCUGAAGAACACACAGGUCAAACCCUCGGGGAGCGGCAGCCCCCAGAAAACCACCUCGUACUCAAGCGACUCCUCCACCUUCGUCGUAGAGGGCAUGCACUGCAAGUCGUGCGUGUUGAAUAUCGAAGGCAGCCUCUCCGCUCUCCCCUCAGUGCACAGCGCCGUAGUCUCCCUGGAGAACAAGUGCGCCGUGGUGAAGUACAAUCCCAAUCUGAUCGCCCCAGGCGCGCUGAGAAAAGCUAUAGAAGCCGUCUCCCCGGGGCAGUUCAGAGUCAGCCUUGCCCGCGAAAACACCUCCGACCUCAACACUCCAUCUAGCCCUUCCCACGACCAGGGUGCUUUGAACAGCACCGGUCAACCGCUGACUCAAGAAACCGUGAUCUACAUUGGCGGCAUGACGUGCAAUUCUUGCGUGCAGUCGAUCGAAGGGGUCGUAUCGAAGAAGCCCGGCGUGAGGUCCAUACGUAUCUCGCUGGCCGAUCACAACGGGGUUGUGGAAUUCGAUCCCGUGCUUACGUCUCCAGAGACUUUGCGAGAAGUAAUAGAGGACAUGGGAUUUGAUGCUUCCCUGUCAGAAAUGAUGGAGCCUGUGGUGGUCAUCACCCAGCCUUCCCUGGACCUUCCUCUUCUACCCUCGAGCCCCGAGCCCUUCUCCAAAACGACAACUCCAGUCCGGGAGAAGGAGGAGGGGACGACACCAUCCAAGUGUUACAUCCAGGUCACCGGCAUGACCUGUGCUUCCUGCGUCGCCAACAUUGAGAGAAACCUGAGAAGAGAAGAAGGAAUUUAUUCGGUUCUUGUGGCCCUGAUGGCGGGGAAAGCCGAAGUGAGAUACAACCCUGCUGUCGUGCAGCCUCCAGUCAUAGCAGAAUUCAUCCGAGAGCUGGGAUUUGGAGCCACGGUCAUGGAAAACGCCGGAGAAGGGGACGGCAUUCUGGAACUUAUGGUGAGAGGAAUGACUUGUGCCUCGUGUGUACACAAGAUAGAGUCCACGCUGAUGAAAACCCGCGGAAUCCUCUACAGCUCCGUGGCCCUAGCCACCAACAAAGCCCACGUCAAGUACGAUCCAGAAAUCGUGGGUCCUCGAGACAUCAUCCGGACGAUAGAGAACCUGGGCUUUGAAGCUUGUUUAGUCAAGAAGGAUCGAUCAGCUAGCCACCUGGACCACAAACGAGAAAUAAGACAGUGGAGGAGAUCCUUCCUUGUGAGCCUGUUUUUCUGUGUUCCUGUGAUGGGGCUGAUGAUUUAUAUGAUGGCCAUGGAUCAUCACCUUGCUGACUAUCAUCACCAACAUCGUAACCUGACCCAGGAAGAAAUGGCCGACUACCAGUCUUCCAUGUUUCUGGAGCGCCAGAUCCUGCCGGGAUUGUCCCUCAUGAAUUUGCUGUCCCUUUUAUUGUGCAUUCCUGUCCAGUUUUUCGGCGGCUGGUACUUCUACAUCCAAGCGUACAAAGCGCUGAAGCAUAAGACGGCCAACAUGGACGUGCUGAUCGUGCUAGCCACCACCAUCGCUUUCGUCUACUCUUUCGUCAUCCUCCUCGUGGCCAUGGCCGAGAGAGCCAAGGUGAACCCCGUUACCUUCUUCGACACUCCCCCCAUGCUCUUCGUGUUCAUUGCCCUCGGCCGAUGGCUGGAACAUGUGGCCAAGGGUAAAACGUCAGAGGCUUUGGCAAAAUUGAUAUCACUCCAAGCUACCGAAGCAACUAUUGUAACCCUGGACUCAGAAAAUGUCCUCCUGAGUGAAGAACAGGUGGAUGUGGAACUCGUGCAGCGCGGGGACAUUGUCCGAGUCGUCCCAGGAGGCAAAUUUCCCGUGGACGGGCGGGUUAUCGAAGGCCAUUCGAUGGUCGACGAGUCCCUCAUCACAGGGGAAGCCAUGCCGGUGACCAAGAAGCCCGGCAGCACGGUGAUUGCCGGGUCCAUCAACCAGAAUGGGUCUUUGCUCAUCCGGGCCACCCACGUCGGAGCAGACACUACCCUCUCCCAAAUCGUCAAACUCGUGGAGGAGGCUCAGACAUCAAAGGCUCCCAUCCAGCAGUUUGCAGACAAACUCAGCGGCUACUUUGUUCCUUUCAUCGUCACCAUUUCCAUCAUUACCCUCCUGGUCUGGAUUGUGAUUGGAUUUGUGAAUUUUGAAAUCGUGGAAAACUACUUCCCCGGCUACAACACAAGCAUCUCCCGGACCGAGGUGAUCAUCCGGUUUGCCUUCCAAGCAUCUAUCACAGUCUUGUGUAUUGCCUGCCCUUGUUCCCUGGGCUUAGCCACCCCGACGGCUGUGAUGGUAGGCACCGGGGUAGGGGCUCAGAACGGCAUCCUGAUCAAAGGUGGAGAGCCCCUGGAGAUGGCCCAUAAGGUCAAAGUGGUGGUGUUUGAUAAAACCGGCACCAUAACCCACGGGACCCCCGUUGUGAAUCACGUGAAGGUUUUAGUGGAAAGUAACAGGAUGUCCCGCAACAAGAUCCUGGCCAUAGUGGGAACGGCAGAAAGCAACAGCGAACACCCUCUCGGGGCUGCGGUAACCAAGUACUGCAAGCAGGAGUUGGGGACCGAGACCCUGGGCACCUGCACAGAUUUUCAGGUGGUUCCAGGCUGCGGCAUAAGUUGUAAAGUUUCCAACAUCGAAGCCCUGCUGACCAAGAGCAACUGGAAGAUCGAGGAGAAGAACUUAAAGAACGCAUCCCUCGUGCAGAUCGAUGCCAGCCCGGAGCAGCCGUCCCCGUCCUCCUUGAUCAUUGACGCCCCGCCGCUCUCUUCCCUGCAUCCUCAGAAGUUCACGGUCCUCAUUGGGAACCGAGAGUGGAUGAACAGGAAUGGCCUCGUGGUCAAGAACGAGGUGGACAGCGCGAUGAUUGAGCACGAGAGGAAAGGGCGGACGGCGAUCCUGGUGGCAAUCGAUGGCACCUUGUGUGGGCUGAUAGCCAUUGCUGACACGGUGAAACCCGAAGCGGAGCUGGCCGUCCACACGCUCAAAUCCAUGGGCUUAGAAGUGGUUCUGAUGACUGGCGACAACAGCAAGACAGCCCGAUCUAUAGCUUCCCAGGUUGGCAUAACCAAAGUGUUUGCCGAAGUCCUUCCAUCCCACAAGGUGGCCAAGGUGAAGCAGCUGCAGGAGGAGGGGAAACAAGUAGCCAUGGUGGGAGACGGAAUCAAUGAUUCCCCAGCUCUGGCGAUGGCCAACGUCGGGAUCGCCAUUGGCACCGGCACGGACGUGGCCAUCGAAGCUGCCGACGUGGUCUUAAUCAGGAAUGACCUUCUGGACGUCGUGGCAAGCAUCGACCUGUCAAGGAAGACGGUCAGAAGGAUCCGAAUCAAUUUCAUCUUUGCCCUGAUUUACAAUCUGGUCGGGGUCCCGAUAGCUGCCGGUGUCUUUAUGCCAGUCGGCUUGGUUUUGCAGCCCUGGAUGGGGUCAGCCGCCAUGGCCGCUUCUUCCGUUUCCGUUGUGCUCUCGUCCCUGCUGCUUAAACUUUACAGGAAACCAACGUAUGAAAACUACGAACUGCGAGCCCACCGCCAACUGGGACAGAAGAGCCCCUCGGAAAUCAGCGUUCACGUCGGGAUCGACGACGCCUCGAGAGACGCCCCCAACCUGGGCGUGCUGGACCGGAUUGUCAAUUACAGCCGCGCCUCCAUCAACUCGCUGCUCUCGGAUAAGCGGUCGCUGAGCAGCAUCGUCCUCAGCGAACCCGACAAACAUUCGCUCUUGGUGGGAGACUUCAGGGAGGAGGACGACACUAACUUGUGAACGGGCUGGACCGGAAUUCUUCUCUGCACUGAGGCGGACUUAUGGACGUCACCUCUCCCCUUCGGGACCGUGGGGUGGGGGGACGAUGGCGCGUGGGUUCUCAGCGACCCGGGACAAUCACACUCCUUGCCUGGAGGCGAACCCCGAAGCUCGGUGGUCUCGGUUGGAAACGGCCUUCCGGUCCUCCUCGCCCACCGCAGGGUUUACGCAAGCCUACGUGGGCGGUUUGGAAGUGGGGCUACUCGGCUAGCCCUCAAAACUUGUCUUUUUAUAUUUCACAAGAAACCAAAAAAAAAAAAAAAAGCCGAAAACAAAACCCUUUCGAGGACCCAGGCGGGAAUCGAGCCCUGGGCUCGUCUGGGCCGGGUAGCCGGAAGCCGAGCCACCCGGGCCGGAGCUUCCAUUAGAAGGAAUGGCAGAAAGCAGCGAGGGCUGUCCGUCAGAAAGCAGAUGUGCCUUUGUUUCGGGAAUCUUUCCGGAAGUCUCCUGCAUCUCCUGGUGAUUGACUUUUUCAAGUCCUCCCAUGUUUCCCCUCUCAUUUAAGCAGGGUAAAACAUUUUCAAUUCCUUCA